AAUUUAUCUUGGAAAAGUAUAUCUGUGUUCUAGUAACUGUUUAGAUCAAAAUAAGCAAGUGUCCGGUGACUUAUGGACGGGAGCGUAUGUGAUUUAUCGCGGUCUCUCCGAUUUCAGAGUAGACAAUGCGUAUAAGAAGCUCGAUUCGAGUUCAGUAUUAAUCGAGUCGUCAGAUAGAACGACAGGCUUAUAAUGUUGUAACUAUAACACUGACACGUUGAAUAGUACGAGUUGGCAGUUUGAAGAAAUCAAUUGCAUUCACACGUGGAAAACAUUGGUGAUCAGUUUCCUCUUCGAUGUUAUUAAACUAUCGAUCGAUGAUGUAAGCGUUAAUAUACGUAAAACGCUAACAGAGAAAAACGAAGAUGAACCAUUCGCAGACAUCGAGCUCGCUACCGGCAAAAAAGAAAGUGCAAAUGGAAAGGGUCGUCGAUAUGAAGGACGUGACUGUGUCAAUUCCAAAUACUUCGAAGCGUGUAACUAUGACCUCUUUGCUCUUAACGCGAUGGUUGACGUCGAAGAGCAGUCCACCUCGUGCGGAAACAGAGAUAGAUUGGUCCUCCGAUGAUCGGAGUUUGGAAUACGGAACUCCGCCUCCCAUUGAAGAGCCACACUGCUACUCUAUGUGCGCUAGCGAAAGCUCAUGCACGGAACUCUUUAAUUGCAUUAAUUGCACCUUACAAGUGAACAAAGAUAUAAUCAGGAAUCUGCUAGUGGAGCACAUGAGAUACGUCGGCGGUCGAUUGCAACUUCUCAGUGAUCUGGAAGAGAAUAAAAUGGAUCUGAAGAAUCCCAAGUAUUUAGCAAAGUACCUAAAGCAACACGAAAUAAACGCCUUGCUACUUCACGCUAGUUUCCUUGGUCAAGUAGAUACGAUCACCGAAUUGCACAAGUGCGGAGCAGAUUUGAAUCAUUCGGAACAAGGAAAAGGCCUAACUCCGUUACAUUUGUGCGCGUUCAGCAACUCGUUAGAGGGCGUACAAUAUUUACUCGCUAACGGGGCCAACAUCCAUUUGGAACGAAUUCACACGCCUUUUCAUUACGCUGCUUUUGGAAAUGCUUUUAAAGUAGCACAAUAUUUCCUCCAGUUGGACGUGAGCCAGAAAUCUCCUUGCGGAGAAGAGACAGUGUUGCACACCGCGGCCAAGUCGAAGGCUUACAACGUGUUGAAAUUGCUGGCGCCUCAUAAUCAUACUUUGGAUAAUUUAGACUGCAAUGGAUAUGCCGCUAUACACCACAUAGCGGACAAAGGAGACUCGGCUUGCUUGAUGGUGCUACUAGAUGCAGGUUGCAAGCUGGAUCUGAUGACCAAGAAGGGUGAUACCGCUCUUCAUCUCGCGGCGGAAGCUAGUUGCGUGGAAAAUGUCGAUUUGUUGGUAGAACGAGGUGCAAACGUUCAUUUGAAGAAUCACAGAGAUCAGACAGCCUUGCAUAUAGCUUCUCGUUCGCAUUCUUUCGAAUGCGUUGAAAUAUUGCUAAAGAAAGGUGGCUGCGAUCCUAAUAUCGAAGACAGCGACGGAAGAACGCCUCUGCAUCUCGCAUUAGGUAGAUCCCUGCUAGCUUACGAUGUGACGGAAUUGUUGAUCACGUGGAAAACGAAUAUUAAUAAGACCGAUAAAUACGGCUAUACACCGCUUCAUAUUGCCGCGCUGAACGAAUUAUCUCAGUGUGUGGAUGUCCUGAUCCAGCACGGAGCGGAUCUCAGCGCCAGAACGAAAGGUGGGACCAGCGCAUUGUCCAUUAUCUUACGUAAAACACCGACUUCUUUGAACGUUUUCAAACAGAGACUAGAUGCCUCGAUAAUGCUUCAUCAGCACGACUUAGCCACCGGGGAGGUGGAGCUUCGUCUCGAUUUUCAUCCUUUGCUGACGCACCAGCAACAAGGUGAAAUAAGAUAUCUCGGGACGUUCGUAAAGGAAGGAUACAAAGAGAUUCUGGAACAUCCGCUCUGCCAGGCGUUCCUUCAUCUAAAAUGGCAGAAGAUCCGAAAGUAUUACGUAGGCAGGCUUGUCUUCUAUCUGUUUUACGUUCUCAUACUUACAGGAUGGGUAAUGACUGCGUUGGCGCAUAACUGUUACAACGAAUCGCACGGUCAAUUAGACAACACUCAGCCACCAUUAUGUGCAAAUACCACCGGUAUCAAUGGUUUUCUUUACAGACAUCCAGCCUUGCUCGAGAUGGAAUGGUACGCAUUGAUGGUGCUGACGAUUCUCGAAGCAUUUCGCAAAUUGACCAGCAUCCCAACGUAUCCCUCGGUCCGCCAAUUCUUCACGCAGACCGAAAACAUAGUCGAGUGGUGCGUGAUCCUGAGCGUGUUCGCUACUUCCUUCAUAUACACAGGCAGAACAUAUACGUGGCAAAGUCACGUAGGUGCGUUCGCCGUUCUCUGCGGCUGGAGCAAUCUUAUGCUAAUGAUAGGACAAUUACCAAUAUUCGGAGCGUACGUCGCGAUGUUUACCAGCGUCCAAGCACAAGUAUUCAAGCUUUUAUUAGCGUACGCUUGCCUCUUGGUAGGCUUCACCGCAAGUUUCUGCGUGAUCUUCCCACGCUCGAAAUCGUUCAGCAGCCCUCACAUCGGCCUGAUUAAAGUCCUGGUCAUGAUGACCGGAGAGUUAAACUUCGAAGAUUUGUUCUUCCCGCGAGAGGAGGAUGGGAAAUCGAUCGACUCGACUUCUUGGAUCCUGCUACAAGUUUCCGCACAAUUGUCGUUCGUGUUGUUCCUUCUAUUCGUCACCAUCGUGUUGAUGAAUCUGUUGAUAGGGAUCGCGGUUCAUGAUAUAAAGGGGCUGCAAAAAACGGCGGGGCUCGCAAAACUCGUCCGCCAGACGAAGCUCAUCUGCGACGUCGAGACGGCUCUUUUCCUCGGCUUGAUGCCAAAACGACUAACAAAGUUUUUACGAUGGACCGCGUUGCUGUUACCAUCGCCCUUGAGAGCGGUUUUAACCGUUCGUCCCUUAAAUCCGAGAGAGAGCAGGCUACCCCGCGAUUUAUUAACCGCCGCGCAUAAAAUCGCGAAGGACAGGAAGAAUAUAUGUGGAACAUUGUACAGCAGAAAGAGCAACGCUACCACGUACACGUAUCUGAAAAGCGAGCCGUACUCGACUUUUCGUCGACUUUCACCGGACGAGAACGUUUCUGUCAAUGAUUAUUCGAUCAAAGAGGAAUUGUCAGAGUUAAAGAAGAUCUGCGAGAGGAACCAUCAGCUCCUUCGAGAUGUCAUGAUGGUGUUGGUGAACGACAAACGCGUCGUUAACGAGGAAGAGGAUGAGAAUAAUUAAGUUCUUACGCUGAGAAUUCUUGCAAUCUUAAUGGCAAAGAUAGUAUAUCGUGCGAAUGAUCUAAAGAAGUUCGGACCAGUGAAUCGACCGUAGAGAUUCUGAUAUACGAAUGCAAGAGAAUUUUAAGCGCAGCCUUCGUGCCAUUUUAUAAUAUACAGAAGUUUUUUUUUUCAGUCUUGAGAAUUCGAUUAUGAAAGAUGACAAUUAACGUGAUUUUUAAUAAUCCCAUCAAUCUGUAUCGUCAGUCGAGGCGUCUUUAGGAUAUUAUAAAGUGUGAUGUAAUCUAACAAAGAGAAAAAAAUAUGACAUGGAAAAUCCGAACGAUUAAAACGAACGUGUAUAAUUUGCCUUGAGGAUCGUUGAUCAAACAUAUGUUUGAAAUGUUUUUAAAGCAAUAUUCUACGAUAUAUUGCUACUACUUUUAUUUCUAUGUUUCCUCUUCUUUUUUUUUUUUUACUGAAUUUUUAUAAUUCUCGUAAUUAGUGAUUUUCAAUUUUUCGUGCAUCAGGAAUGCAACGAAUGUCUUUAAGAAUUUGUGACAAAAGUUACAAAAAAAGCUUGACACGAAAUAUUUAAAUAAAGAUUUGAUAACAAUAUUUUGAUGUACAGGUUUGUACUCAAUAUUUAUAAAAUAUUGUAUUACAAUAUAUUAAGGCAUCAAAUUCCGUCUAUGGUAUGAAUAAGAUUAUAUAGAAAGACGUAGAAAUAAGUAGAAAUGUAAAUAAGCAGAAUACAACGAGAUAUUUUAAUAUUUAACGAAUAUUCUAAUUGUAUAGAAAAGUUGUAAAUACUAUGUAACAUAUAUUUUAACUUUUAUGAGAUCUUAAUUUGUUACUUAAUUGUUAACAUAUAAAUAAACUAAUUUUGAGAUAUGUACAUUUUUCCAACGUAAGGAGAAAUCUUUUUACAAUAAUAUCCAGGAAAGAAAUUUAAGAAAUCUGUGCGAUAAAUAAUUAGGAAUUAUUUAUGCCUUAAUAUGCAUUUGAAAGGAAUAAAUAAAAAUAUUUUCCAGAAGA